AUGCCUUCGCCUCACCUUUAUCAUCCUUCACUUGAACCAAGAUCUGUGGUUUACUCUUGGUACCGUAAAGUAAUCGCAAGCGAAAUUGACGAUUUAGAUCAAGAAGAAGCUGAUUAUGAAGCCUCGUUAAUUGUCAUCAAAAAUAACAAUAAAAGAUGUGCGGUUCCUGGACUAAUCAAACUAAAAAAUCGAAAUGAGGAUUCGCAACCACAGAACCAUAAUCGUGAUUUAGACGACGAGGGGCCAAUGUUUUCGGAUGACGAUGAAGAUACACAUCAUCAUCAUAAUAAUCCUGACAUGCUUGAUAUGCUUGAUCAUUCAGGUUUAAUACCCAUGAAUGAUAUGGAUUUAUCUGAACACGCGGUAUUUCUUGCUAUGGGUGCCGAACAAUAUACAAGUAAUCAUAAUCUUGAAGACGACUUCUAA